GGAGCGACGUCAACAACAGGCAACUCUCGCCUCCUUUGCUCGCGGUCUCUCAUAUUGCCGGCGAUGCUUCGGCUGCUGCUGGUGCUGCUCGCUGCGGUCGUCGUCGCCUCGGCUCAAAGAUACACAAACACCACAACUGCCGCACCGCACGUGGACGACGACGACUCCCUGAGAUGGCAAAACUUGAGCAAUCUGCAAAUAUUAGACGCACUUCUGAAGAAAUAUGACAGACGGGCGACGCCAACCAACAACCUCGGCAUCCCCACGGAAGUUCAGUGCGACAUUUACAUCCGCAGCUUUGGCUCCAUCAACCCCUCGACCAUGGAUUACCAGGUCGAUCUGUACCUGCAACAGACUUGGGUCGACUCGCGCCUCAAAAAUAAGCAUCUGACAAGAGCCAUGGACUUGAAUGAUCCCAACCUUGUGCAGCGGAUUUGGAAGCCUGAGGUUUUCUUCGCUAAUGCCAAGCACGCCGAGUUCCAGUAUGUGACUGUUCCUAACGUCCUUAUCAGAGUCGCGCCAGAUGGGAAAAUCCUCUACAUGUUAAGGCUGAAACUGACAUUCUCCUGCAUGAUGGAUCUCUACAAGUUCCCUCUGGACGAUCAAAUUUGCUCAAUGGAGAUCGCUUCCUUUUCGAAAACAACCUCGGAAUUGGUUCUCAAGUGGGACGAGACUUCACCAGUUCGCAUGUACCAGGGCCUGAAGCUGCCGCAAUUCAGAAUCAGAAGCGUUAAAGCGUCGCACUGCAAAGAGGAGUUUCACAUCGGCGAGUACAGCUGCCUUGUGGCCGAGUUCCACAUGCAGAGGGCUAUCGGCUACCACCUGGUCCAGAGCUACCUGCCCUCCAUCCUGGUCGUGGUCAUCUCGUGGGUUUCGUUUUGGCUCGACGUCGAGGCCAUCCCAGCCCGGGUCACCCUCGGGGUCACCACGCUGCUCACCAUUUCAUCCAAGGCCAGCGGCAUCCAGGCUGGCCUUCCACAGGUGUCGUACGUGAAGGCGAUGGACGUGUGGAUGGGCAUGUGCACCACAUUCGUUUUCUCGGCCCUGCUGGAAUUUACCCUGGUGAAUUAUUUAUGGCGCAGGGGAGACAGUUCACCGCUUCUUAAGCAGGACUCGCCGCCAUUAGGCACCAAAGUGGUCUACCAGCCGCAGAACGACUCGGCCAAUGAUAAGCACUCGGACAACGACGCUUGCUACAGUGUUACUGCAGCAGAGGAAAGUCAGCAGAAUUCGUGCGGCGAGGAGCGGCCGUUGCCGAAGAAAAGCGUCAAGGGCAAGGCGAGCAAGUACAUGGCCAAGAAAAUCGACCAAGUGUGCAGAGUCGGUUUUCCCUUCAUGUUCUUGGUAUUCAACAUCUGCUACUGGCUUUACUACUUAGCCGUGUGUGAUUAAACUGCAAAUCGACGCCGUCAGAAAAGUACGCGACAAGGAGAAUUAAUUUUGCGCGAAGGCAGUAAAAAAAUAGCUGAAACUUUUCAAAACGCAGGAUCAGCUGUGCUGACCUGAAAAUCUUAAUGACACCUUUCUACACAGUAGAUUUUAAACCUAAAACGUAUAAUCUCUCCGAAAACUGUUUGUGUACUUGUGUAGCGAGAAGAAAAAAAAAUAAUUGUUUCAAAAGGAGAAAUUAUUCAGAGAGAAAAUACUCAUGUGUAAACUCAAUCAAAAGCAGUGAAUUCUCCUUUUUGUUUGAAUUUCAUGUUAAGUAGAAAUUAAUGGACUUGCAAAUUGUAAUCGUUUUUUUUUUUCAAUUAAAUAAUUAACUUUUUCAAGUAUUUUAUCCCAUAUUUUUAAAAUUUGUUACUAUUAAACUUGACACCUAAUUUUAUAAUUGAUUUGCCUUUAAUAAAAUAUUAUUCAGCAAAUACAAUGGAUAUUCAAAAUCAGAUUACUUGUUUAGCCGGCUUGAACCUGGCCAUUAUUUCAGUUGCAGAUAAUAACAUAACUCCUAUAAUAUAUUGCUAAAUUUUAUCAAAAAAUAUUUAUUGCAAUUUCUUUCCUUUGAGAUAUAAAAUUUUUGUUUUCAAUUUCAGACUAUUGUAAAAAAUUAACCAAGCCGACAAUGGAUGCAAUAAUUUUCAAUCAAUCAAAAUUUGCAAGUCUAAAGAUGUAUUAAUUCUGACCAUUUUAUGUAAUUUGAACAAAAAUGUGGCAAAGCUUGAAGGAAGCUUAAAAUUUUUUGAAAUUUUAAUGGCAACUGUUCCAAAACUGAGAAAGAUCUCUUAAAACCUACUUUUUAAUGUUGACGAUGACUAAGUAAGGGUCGAAGAAAUUCAGAAGAACGGAAUUAGUUCGUCUAAUUAGUUCUGAAAUAUGCUUGAAGUUUUUUAAAUAACACCUGCUCAUGGAAUUCAAGAAUACAUGUUGAUUUGUGGAGAAUAGAAAUGUAUGUGUGUGUUAGUAGAGAUUGACUAAUAGAGAUUUUUAUACAAGUGAAAAAUUCUGGAAUCGUUGGGAUUUAAAAAGCGAAAUUUUCAAGUAGCUUUAAAAACAGGAUGUGCUGCGAAAUGAAAAAGAUUUAUGAAACCGCAGGCGAAAAGUGGAUGUACAAAAAUCGUCAUAUAUGUGUUGGGAUAAACUAACUUCCCAGUUGAUAA